AUGUGGAUCGUCAACUGGUCCCAUCGCAAUGCCGCGGCUCCAGCGCCCGUGAUUUCGGGGCGACCUUGCAAAAAUGCGUUUGCUAAUGGAUGCCUUUCUCCUGCUGCAGUCUACGAUGUCCUGGCCUCGCUCGGCCUCCUCAACAAGCACGCCAAGCUCCUGUUCCUCGGUCUCGACAAUGCCGGCAAGACUACCCUGCUGCACAUGCUGAAGAACGACCGUGUCGCCGUCCUGUCGCCCACGGCACACCCGACCUCGGAGGAGCUGGCCAUCGGCAACAACCGCUUCACGACCUUCGAUCUGGGCGGUCACCAGCAGGCUAACCAAGUCCCCAACUCUCUCGCACCGCUAGCCCGCCGCCUGUGGAAAGACUACUUCCCCGAAGUCAGCGGCAUUGUCUUCCUGGUCGACGCCAAGGACUACGAGCGCUUCCCCGAAUCCAAGGCCGAGCUGGACGCUCUGCUCGCCAUGGAGGACCUCGCCAAGGUGCCUUUCCUCGUUCUCGGCAACAAGAUCGACCACCCCGACGCCGUUUCGGAGGAUGAGCUGCGCCACCAGCUGGGCCUCUACCAGACCACCGGCAAGGGUAAGGUCCCUCUCGAGGGCAUCCGGCCGAUCGAGCUCUUCAUGUGCAGUGUUGUCAUGCGACAGGGCUAUGGCGAGGGUAUCCGCUGGCUGUCCCAAUACGUCUAA